AGCCGGCAGCAAACCAGUGGUGUGGGACGAUUCCGUAGCAUCUCCGAAUCUUUAGGCCCAUCUCCACAAUCCACAAGCCCCCUUCCCUCAUGGCUCAUCGCCGAAGAGGGAUCGUGUUGUUGCGGGGUUAAUUAUAUUUCUUUGAGAGCGCUCCUUCCAAAAAGUUUGCCGUGCAAUCUCGAGCACGACACACAACCUGUAAUCAUCCCCAAACCGCCAGUCCCGUCUAUUUGUGUGUCCAGCCAGCAGACGGAAUGGAGCGUCCCUUCAAGAAGGUCCUGAUCGUUGGCGCCGGGCCCUCGGGCCUGCUCCUGGCCCUCCUGCUCUCCAAGCACGGCAUCCCCGUGCAGAUCCUCGAGGCGUCGGACCACCUGGACGAGCAGCCGCGGGCGGCGCAUUACGGCCCGCCCGCGGUGCCGGACCUCGCGCGCGCGGGCAUCAUCGACGAGGUGCGGCGGCGGGGCAUCUCGCCGACGACCAUGGUGUGGCGGCGGUGGGACGACCACAGCGUGAUUGCGGGCACCGACGGCAGCAUGCUGGCCGACGUGGACGGACAGGACCUGCGCACCGUGUCGCUGGUGCUGCACGACCUGGACCAGCUCAUGCUCGACGAGAUCACCUCAAAGUACGGCGGGAAGAUCCACUGGGAGCACAAGGUCGUCGACAUCGGGCAGGACGACGGCAAGGCCUGGGUCGACGCCGAGACCCCCGACGGCAAGGUGCGCAUCGAGGCCGAUUAUGUUGUCGGCUGCGACGGCGCAAACAGCCAGAUCCGGAGGUCCCUGUUCGGCAACGACUACCCGGGCUUCACCUGGGAUAAGCAGAUUGUCGCCACCAACGUAUACUACGAUUUCGAGGGCAAGCAUGGCUUCACUGACUCGAGCUUCGCCAUCCACCCAGACCACUUCUUUAUGGUCGCCAAGAUGACGGCCGACGGCCUCUACCGCGUCACAUACGGCGAGGAGACGGGCCUGACACAGGAGCAGCUAAUAGAGCGACAGCCGUGGAAGUACGAGAUGAUGCUCCCCGGCAACCCCAAGCCGGGCGACUACAAGAUCACGACCAUCGCGCCCUACAGGAUGCACCAGCGCUGCGCGCCGGCCUUCCGGGUGGGGCGGUUCCUGCUGGCCGCCGACGCGGCGCACCUGUGCAACCCGUGGGGCGGGCUGGGCAUCACGGGCGGCUUCGUCGACGUCGGCGGGCUGUACGACUGCCUGGCGGGCAUCUACGACGGCAGGGCCGACGAGUCCAUCCUCGACCUGUACAGCGAGAAGCGCAUCGAGAAGUGGAGGACCGUCAUCGACCCCAUCUCGCAGGACAACUUCAGGCGCGUGUCCGACCCGGACCCGGACACCCGCUUCGAGAGGGACGAGUUCAUGCAGCACUGCAAGAAGUGCGAGUCGGACCCCGUCGCCAUGAAGGAGCUGCUGAUGGGAUUCAUGGCCGUGAGGUAUGACUUCACCCAGCAUUACAAGGAUGCGGCGAAAUAGGAGAGAGGGUCGUGUCAUUUUUGUGUGUGUCUGAAUAUCGACGGGUUAUUUAGGAGGCAUGUAACGAAGAGCCCAAAUCUAAUGUACAUGUACAUACACACUGCUGGCUUGCUGUGACAACCCAGAGUAGACUGCAGAGUCCCUAAAAUGACAUGCCCUUCUC